AUGUCGGACGGAAUAUUUGUCUCUAUUAUGUUGCCUGCUUUUAUAGUAAAACACGAGAAUUAAAUUGAUCAACUUUUAAAACAAACACUUUGCAUCUCCUCUUAAUCAUAUGAAAUAUUUGAAAUUCCAUCAAAGUUUGGCAAAGAGUUUGGAGUUAAGUUAACACAAAAUUCAUUAAAUCUUCGAGAUAUAGAAGAAUUGAUAGAGGAGAAUAGACAGCUCCAUGCAUCAUAUUAAAAAUGCAAAGAAUCCUUGUAAACUCUAAAUUGCGAAUUUGAAAAAAUCGUAAAUGAUCCCCUCAUUCAAUCUGAAUCCGAUAAAAUGAAAUAUCAAAUCAAAAAGUUGAAAAAAGUGAAAGAAGAAAACAAAAGACUUCGACAACUUUUAAAAUCUUAUCUUGACAAUAGUGAUAACAGAAGAAUGGAGACACAUGCCAAAGUAGAGUUACUUAAGGAUGAACUUAAUUCACUAGUAAAAGAAUUUGCACAGCAAGAACAACAAAAGAAAUAAAAUGAUAUUUUAAUAUCAAAUUGA